AUGCUGGGUGCAGUGCUCUUUGUUGCGCUGACCCUGAUUCGCCGCGUGUACGGCGACGACGCCGGGUGCACGUCGCCAGCAUUUCUCGCCGUGCCGCUCGUGCCGUUAGAUACGUCUCUCUCCAUGCGCAGCCUCGUCGUCGACAGCGCCAGCGUCUGCAUUCAGCUCAUCUUGAAGGCGCCGGCGUCGUGGGUCUCGGUUGCCCUCUCCUCCUCUCCGUCCAUGGUCACGUCGCCGUUCACGCGCGCUGUUGUCUUUGACACGAGCUUUGCGCAACCCAAAGUAUUUGCGAUGCAAGGGUACGCGCCGAGCCAAAUGGUCGCGGCACCGACGCCGUCGAUCUCGCUGCUGAGCGCGUUGUCGGCCAACGAUGUGGUCUCGCUGACGUUCCGACGUCCGCUCGUCUUUUCUUACGAAGGCGACGUCACCAUUCACGUCGACAAUGGCAACUCCAACAUUCUCAACUGGGCGUACGCCUCAUCUCCGUGGCCGGCGAUCCAUAGCGCAAGGGGCUCGGCCACUGUCAAGUUUACGACCAAAGCCGAGGCGCCGAGCACAGUUGUGACCACCGAGUCGGCUCUGCGGUUGACACCCGACACGACGGUCGUCACGGUCGCUUCCGUCAUCUCGAUGAUCAUGCUCGGGCUUAUAGCGACACAUUUUGGCAAUUGGCGCUGGGUGAACCAUCGGGGCUUGUUGCCGCCGCCUCGACGCCGCUCGAUGCUGACCGCACUACUGAUGCCGCUUGUCGACUUGAAGGUGGGCGAGGGUAUCAUUGUGCUCAUCUACUUGGCGUGUCUCGUGCUCGUCUCGUCGUCGGUCCACGCCAACUUUGCCGACGCGCCGUCGCUUCGUCGGUGGAGCCUCGCGUCUGGGCACCUCUGCCUCGUGCACAUCAUGUUGCUGCUGCUCCCGGUUGCCCGCGGCCAGCACUGGGAAGUCUUCUUUGGCAUUUCUCAUGAGCGCAUCCUCAAGUUUCACCGGUGGCUCGGCCGGCUCAGCAUACUCUUUGGCGUCUGGCACCUCUUGGCCUCGACGCAGAACGGGGCGUCCAUCACAGCGGCCGGUCCGUUUGGUUCGCAGCAAGUGUCGCCUGUGAAUGGCUUUGGUGCACUCGUCGUGUUUGCGACGCUGGGACUCUCGGCGAUGUUGCGUCGCCGGUUCUACGCCCUCUUUUACUACUACCACCGAAUCGCGUCGAUCGUUGGAUUGGUGCUCCUGCUUUUGCAUGCGACUGCAGUGCGCUACGCGCUCAUCUUCCCCCUUGGCAUCUACCUCUUGAGCGGCCUCGGGCGGCUGCGCGGCUUGUACCUCAACAAGUUCCAUGCAUCGAUCCACGUCCAUGGACAAAACACGGUGACGUUUGAGCUCCCGGCCACCGAGACGACGCGGGCGUGGGCCGACCGGCUCCACGCCGGUGCCUUCUUUUACAUCAACAUCCCGAGCAUCUCGGCGGUUGCGUGGCAUCCGUUCUCGGCGAUCGUGACGCCGGACGGCGACUCGAUCGGGUUUUGCAUGAAGUCGUUUACAAAAGGGCGGUUCGUCGACGCUGUUUGGGUCCGCGCCCACCAAACGCUUCAAGACAAUGCGUUCUUCGUCCUCGACAGCCACCAGUCGGCGCCGUCGAUGCUUGUUCGCGUCGAGGGCCCGUACGGCCGCGCCAGCGUCAAUGUCGACAAGUACGACGCCGCGGUGCUCAUCUGUGGCGGCAGCGGCAUCACGCCGAUGCUGAGCCUCAUCAACAUGGAGCGCCGACGCUCGGACGGCCCUAAGCUCUUUUUACACUGGGUCGUCAAGGACCCCAAUGACCUCCUCUGCGUCGACAAGCUCAUGUUUCCGCUGCCGUCCAACGUCAGCGCCAAGUUUUACGCCGGACCGACACCCGGUGGCAUCCGCAGCAAGAGCGGGACGACGGUCAGCUAUGGGAAAGGCCGGCCUGUCAUUGACGAGGUCCUCAACAACGAGAAAUUCGCCGGCAAGCGCGUGUGCGUCUUGGCGUGUGGCCCGCCGAGUCUUGUCGCCGAUGUACAGUACCAAGCGCACCGCUGCGGCUUUGACUUUCACAAGGAAGUCUUUUUGUUUUAA